AAAAAACAAAAACAAAAAAAACAUAAAACAAAAUGAAGGUUUCAAGUUUUUCAAACAUGAUCAUUCUCUUAACCAUUUCCUCCAUUUUUUUCAUACAAUCAAUCCAAUGUGUGCCAGAUAAGAUCGAUAAUGUAUGCCAAAAAACACCUCAUUACCAGCUUUGUCUUCUAACAUUAAAAUCAAAUUUAUAUUCACAUCGUCUAAAAACAAAUCAAGACAUUUCUGAAUUUGUUCGGGUAACACUCCAAGUCAUCGCGGCACGAGCACCGGCUGUAUUAGAACAAAUUCGAGACAUUGAUGCGCAGACCGAUCACACACAAUUGAAAACUGCUUUGGAUGAUUGUAUGAUAGCUUAUGGCAAAAUAACAAAAGAGAUUAUUCCACAAGCUCUAAAUUAUGUUGAUAAACGUGAUUAUGUUGGUGUGAAAGAAAGAGCUAAUUUUGCUGGAAGUUUGGCGGAGUCUUGUGAGAAGAAAUGCAAAGGGACUACUAGUUCAGGUGUUUCGCCACUUGGAGAUAAUAGUCAAUUUGUGCAGAAUAUGUGUUCAAUUGCUGCGUCCAUUGCUAGCAUGCCUCAAUCAAAUCCUUAAACUUUAUUUUGAGUUAGAAAUUUACACAAAACUGUGAGUACUAAAGUUGGAAUUCUUGAUAUAACUUCUAACCUAACAAUCUAACAAUAGUAAGUUGUGUCAUUUUUGCUAGGGUUUGCUUUUGUUUUAUUUUGAGUAUAGAUAUGUUGUAUUAAUUGAUGUCUAUACCUUUUAUGGCCUUUGAAUUUUUGUUUUAUUGUGUUGUCUUUUGUCAAUAAUGUGUACAUACAUGAUAAAAGAGGGAGUACAAAGCAGGUUGUUUUUAUUUUAUUUUAUCUAGGCUUGUCUUUUUGCAUUAAAUAGCCUUUUAAUUAGGCAAAUUGUAAACAAAACUUAUAUAAUAUACUUAUAUGGUAUAAUGUUACUUU